AUGGGUUUCUUAACAAACGUGGAAGUUUUCGCUUUCGCGAUGUCUUUAUUCCUGAUGACUCUUGCAGCCUUGGUUAUGAAUUUCCUGGUUUGUUUGGUGGUUUAUAGGAGCAAGGAACUCAGGCGACACAUCUCCAGUGUGUUCAUCGUGAAUCUCGCAAUCUGCGAUUUUUUUAUGGCUCUUUUCGCCAUGCCGUAUUCUUUUGGAGCAAUUGUGGCCGACAAAUGGCCAUUUGGUAACUUUUGGUGUCAAACCAGUGCGUUUUGGAAUAUGGUGUUAGGGCUCGCAGCCGUAUUAACGCUCGCUACCAUUUCCGCAGACCGCUAUAUUGCAGUUUGCAAGCCUCUGCAGUACAGAGCCAAAAUGACAGUUCAAUGUGCGUUAGCGAUGAUAUCUUUCGUAUGGUUGCAAUCCAUAAUAUUCUCUGUCAUACCAAUAGGGUUUGGUUGGUACGAAUUUAAUACGCGAUAUUUCUUCUGUACAUUUCCGUCUGAUCUUCAGGACAUAAACUUCCUGGUGUUCACAGCGGCUACUUAUGCAGCCAAUGCUGGCGUUUCGCUCUUUGUUAUGUUGGUGACUUACUAUAAAAUUUUCAACGUGGCAAAGCUGCACUCUCGCAGAAUCGGACAUGCUGUUAUUACCGCAAUACAUCUCGCACCUGUUCGUGGACCCUUAUCCACUGAAUCAAGUCGUCAGCGAGAAUUCAAGGCAGCGAGGAAAAUUCUCUUCGUGAUUGGUGCGUUUUUGUGUUGUUUGGCACCGUAUACAACGCUCCGCAUCCUUGAGCUGAGAGAAAACGGCUUGACGCUAAGCCAUACUGUAACAAUCUCUUUAAGGUGGAUUGCCUUUCUAAAGAGUGCUAUAGAUCCUUUUAUUUAUGGUCUUCUUCAGAGGCGAUUUCGGCGAGCAUUGUUGGAAUUAUUUCUUGGGACACAAAGGGCUCGUUUAGCGAGAGGUUCUUUACCUUGUGGUCAUGUUAGAAUGAAUGUGAGGGCUAAGAGGCAGUCAUCGCAAAGCGAAACGGGGACAUUUGUAACCGUUGCAACGAAACGAAGUUCCAUCGAGUGA